AUGUCACGUUCAAUGACCAAAAAGUCAAAGCACAAUAAAUUAUUGUAUGUUCGGCGCACCAACAUACUUGGUUCGGCCAAAUUAAUUCAGGACUUUGAUGAAAAUUAUACGGCGGCACAAGCUAAUGAAAUUCCCUUCCGUUUACAAAAACUCGAUGCGCUUUGGGAGGAGUUCGAAGAAGUAGAAAAUGAGAUUGAUUCCCUUCGAGUAGGUGAGCCGGUCUUUUCCGAGGGACGAUCCGAAUUUCAAAGUCUAUUCUUUCAAUUGAAAGGAUCGUUGUCGAGUAAGAUACCCCCUGCACCUCCCAGCCCGUUAGCUUCACCGGCACACAUGCCGCCACCUCAGGCUAUUGGGGUCCGCCUGCCGGAGAUUAAAAUCCCCGAAUUUAAUGGAAACAUUGAGGAUUGGUCGAACUUCCACGAUGUUUUCGACUCAAUGAUCCAUAAGAAUCUUACGUUGCCGAAUAUCCAGAAGCUGCAUUACCUUCGCGCUUCACUUAAGGGUGAUGCAGCUCGGAUAAUUCAAUCCAUUCAAACAUCGGGCAACAAUUACCCGAUUGCAUGGAAACUUAUAACCGAUCGCUUCGAUAAUACAAAUCUACUUGUGAAACAACAUGUGUCGGCACUUUUUAACAUUCCUCCUGUCCGCAAGGAAUCAGCAUCAGGUCUAUCAGAUCUUGUCGACAAUUUUGAAAGGCACAUACAAAUUUUGGACACUCUUGAAGACGAGAAGGACCACUGGAAUUCAGUGAUAGUGGAACUUCUGAGCAGUCGUUUGGACCCAAGCUCUCAACGAGAAUGGGAGUCCGAAUGUUCGGAGGCAGAAAGGCCAAAUUACAAAGAUCUCGUUGAUUUCGUUCACAAGCGCGCUAGAAUGCUGCAGUCUCUUAAGCUCUCCCACCAAAACACGAAUACCGCUGUGGAUGUAAAGCAAACGAAAGUUCGCACCUUUUCGCAUGUUACCACCUCUGAACACGUCGCCAAAUGUGUGGCAUGCAAUCACGCUCAUUUGCUGUUUCAGUGUGAUGUUUUUCGUGGAUUUUCUCCUCAACAACGAUUCGAUGUAGUGAAGAGACACGGUAUCUGUAUCAAUUGCCUGAAAGGGCAACACUUCGCUAAAAAUUGCACUGGAGGCGUCUGCAAGCAUUGCAACCAAAAACAUCAUACACUUCUUCAUCUCGGUCCAGCCCCGUCGCAUCCAUCAACGUCCGGGUCUGGUCAUCGACAAAUUCCCACUGGAACUCACAAAACGGGUAGUUCCAGUCACGAGUCGGGCCAAGUCCGAUCUGCUCUCUCGCAGUCUUCCCCCGUAUCGUUACAAUCGUUUUCGUUGAACUCGUCGUCGUACUCGCCGCCGUCGGUUUUCGCGCCUUCCCAGACGUCGGUUUCGGAAAAUUUCGUAUCAUCGCCUCCUCCAACCUGCCAGACAAUUGUUCCUUCUGUUCCCGCUUCCGAAUCCACUGUAUUUCUACCUACCGCACUCAUCAAGGUACAAGAUGUGCAUGGAUCAUUCCACUUUGCCCGUGCAUUAUUGGACAGUGGAUCGCAACCGAAUUGUAUUUCGGAAUCGCUUUGUCAAAAACUAUGCCUAAAGCGCACCAAGAUCAACCAACCUGUAAGUGGAGUAGGACAGUCUAUCGUGAAUGUUCGCAGCAGUGCUGUAGUGAAUAUUGUUUCUCGUUUCGGAACAUUCAGCAGUCAAUUAGACUGUCUCGUGCUGCCUAAGCUGACGCACGUCUUGCCAGCCAGGACAGUAGACAUCGCCCACUGGAAACUGUCGAAACACCUACCAAUUGCUGAUCCACAGUUUCACGUUACCGCCGGUGUUGAUAUGCUGAUAGGGGCUGAGCUAUUUAUUAAGCUCCUUCAGCCAGAGCAGAUUCAUCUUGGUAGCGGUUGUCCUACUCUUCAGAAAACAGCACUCGGAUAUGUCGUAGCGGGUAAGUCCAGCUCGCGACAAAUGACCCCUGUGGUGUGCAACGUCGCCUCGGUUGAUGAUCAACUGGAUGCUCACCUGCAAAGAUUUUGGGAAAUUGAGGGAUUCGAGCAUGGAAAAGCGCUCACUAAGGAGGAACAAUUGUGCGAGGACCAUUUCCAAUCAACACACUCAAGAGCCUCGGAUGGUCGCUACAUCGUUCGAUAUGCAACUCGCCAAGAAAAGUUGCCACUGUUGGGCGACACCAUGUCAACGGCCCAGCGCCGUUUCAAUUCACUCGAGCGUCGUUUUCGCGCAGACCAUGUUCUGCACUCGAACUAUUCCCACUUCAUGAACGACUACGAGCAGCUCGGGCACAUGGAGGAGGUGGAAUUCCGCGCCGCGAAACCGCAGUUUAUCUUGCCCCAUCAUGCUGUUCACCAUCCGGAUAGCACGACAACAAAGAUCCGAGUAGUCUUCGAUGGAUCAUCGAAAAGCAGUAACCACAUAUCGCUCAAUGACCUUCUACAUACUGGGCCAACCGUUCAGCCAACCCUCCUAUCGAUUGUGCUGAAUUUUCGUCUCCAUCGCUACGUUGCUUCCGCCGACAUUGAGAAAAUGUUUCGGCAAAUUCUCAUCCAUCCGGACGAUAGAUCUCUACAGCAAAUCCUUUGGAGGAAAUCAGAGUCGGAACCGUUAAAAUUGUACCAGCUACGAACCGUCACGUACGGUACAUCUGCUGCUCCAUUUCAAGCAACGAGGGUAUUGAAUCAGAUCGCCGAGGAUGAAAAGGAACGUUUUCCACUGGCCGCGCCCGUGGUGAGAUCAAACUUUUAUGUCGAUAAUUUGCUUUUUGGAGGAAACAACCUAAAUUCCGUCGUCGAAACCUGCAAUCAAGUCAUCGAAAUGUUGAAGUGUGGGCGAUUCAAUCUUCGACAAUGGUGUGCAAACGAACCAGGAAUUCUCGCGCACAUUCCGCCUGAGCUUCGUGAACCUUCAGCAGCGCUGGAACUCGAUCGCAGCUCAUCCAUAAAAACUCUCGGAUUACUAUGGUUCCCUCAACAGGACCAGUUUAGAUUCAAGGUACCGUCACUCCCACCCUUGAAGACGGUAACAAAACGUAUUGUGCUAUCUGAGGCAUCCCAACUCUUCGACCCACUGGGACUUGUCGGGCCGGUUGUUGCAAGCGCAAAAAUAUAUAUACAGCAGCUUUGGAAGCGCGAACUGGCAUGGGACGAGCCACUUCCAGACGAACUAAGGGACUGGUGGUUGGCGUUCCGUUCAUCUAUCGAUAGGUUGAAGGAGUUAAAAAUUACUCGAUGGGUCUUGGUCUCAGCUGAUUCAUCAUACGCACUGCACUGCUUCUGCGAUGCAUCAGAAAAGGGCUACGGCUGCUGCGUCUACAUAAUAUCGACCGAUGCAAAUGGAAGCUCUCACAGUCGUCUGCUCAUCGCUAAAUCUAGAGUGGCUCCUGUCAGCUCUGUCUCAAUUCCUCGUUUGGAAUUAUGUGCCGCAGUCCUUGGAAGCCAGCUUGUCGACACUGUCAGCCAGUCAACGCAAUUUUCGGGCAAGACCACUUUCUGGACAGAUUCUGCAGUUGUGUUGCACUGGAUACUUUCUCCCCCUUCAUCCUGGCGAGUAUUUGUGUCCAACCGCGUUGCCGAGAUCAAUCGGCUCACAAAGGGUCAUCAAUGA